AUGUCAGAUGACGUCAACAAUUCGUCGAAACCCACAAUACACUUUGAUGAUACGCCUUUCGAGGACGUUUUCGACGUCGAAACCGAGUUGGGAAGGUGAGAAAUCGGUUGCAAAGUGUCCUCGUGGCCCUAAUUUGUUGUAAAAGUAUCGAGAAGACGGCAAGAACUCUUCCAUUUCAAUUCCAAUCGCCAACGGGUCGGUUGCAAAGUGUCCGCUCGUUUCCCAUUCCAUUUCUAAUUGUUCUCGAUGGCUUUUCCUCAAGAAAUCACUUAACUGCCGCCCUUCUUCUUCUUCUUCUUCCCGAACAACAUUCUUGCGGUAAACAAAAGAAGAAGAAGAAGAAGAAGAAGAAGAAGAAGAAGAAGUUGUAAUUGUAUUGUAAAACUCUUGAGACACACACUUUAUCGCAACUAAUUGUAUUGUUCACCUCUUCGUGAUGGACAAUAUCGACUUUUCGUUCACUUUUGCAGCGGCCAAUUCGCCGUGGUCCGACGGGUGCGUGAUCGAAAAACCGGUGAGCGAUACGCGGCCAAGUUCAUCAAGAAGCGGCGGUAUGCGACGUCACGACGCGGAGUGACACGCCAGAAUAUCGAACGGGAAGUUCGCGUGCUCCAGAAGAUACGCGGACACUCGAACGUCGUCGAGUUGCACGCCGUUUACGAGACCGCCAGCGAUGUGAUCAUCGUUCUCGAGUUGUGAGUUUUCCUGGAAUCCGAAGACGUCGUCCAGACUUUAGAAUGUUUCUGCAUAAUCUUGACACCUAACACGUUGAUUUUGUAGUUGAUCACUUUUUUGUACCUCCCAAACCUGGAGUACUGUGGGCGUUUGAAGAGGGGGACUGAAAAGCAUACGCUUCAAGUGGGUUCUGUCUUUCAAGAGCUACAGUACUGUUAGGAGUGAUGGUACGAACAAGUGAUCAACUAGAAAAAUAAAGCUUAGCUCAAGCACUAUAUUUUUCUAGUUGACAACAUUUUCAUAAAACCACGCCCAAGAGUACUGUAGCUGUUGGAAGUUAGAAGCCACUCGAAGACUCUCGUUUUCAUUCCCAACUUCCAAGGCCUACAGUACAAAAAACAAGGGCGUUAUGCCGCCUCCAAAGUCCCGGAAAACCCGCAAAUCUCGCGGACUUUGCAGUCCACGGUCGGCAGAAAUUUGCGGGAAAUCCGGGGUGCGCACAGCUGAACGAGUGAUACCGUACACCAUAAAACUACGGUAUUUUUUUGAAAAAUUUACCCAAGAAAUUUGAAACAUUUCAAAUAUUGUCGAGAAAUUUAAAUUUUUUUCAAAUAAAAGACGUUGAAAAUUUAACCAAGAAAUUUUUUUAAAUCUUAAAAAAAUUCUCGAGAAAUUUAAAUUUUUUUCAAAAAAAGACGUUGAAAAAUUUACCCAAGAAGUUUGAAAAAAAUUUCAAAUAUUGUCGAGAAAUUUAAAUUUUUUUCAAAAAAAUACGUUGAAAAUUUACCCACGAAAUUUGAAAAAAAUUUCAAAAAAAUUCUCGAGAAAUUUAAAUUUUUUUCAAAAAAACGUUGAAAAAUUUACCCAAGAAAUUUGAAAAUGUUCAAAUAUUGUCGAGAAAUUUAAAUUUUUUUCAAAAAGACGUUGAAAAUGUACCCAAGAAAUUUGAAAAAAAUUUCAAAAAUUCUCGAGAAAUUUAAAUUUUUUUCAAAAAAAUAACGUUGAAAAUUUACCCAAGAAAUUUGAAAAUUUUCAAAAAAAUUCUCGAGAAAUUUAAAUUUAAAAAGACGUUGAAAAAUUUACCCAAGAAAUUUUAAAAUUUUUAAAAAAAUUCUCGAGAAAUUUAAAUUUUUUUCAAAAAAAUACCGUAGUUUUUAUGGUGUACGGUAACACUCGUUCAGCUGUGCGCGCACCCCGGAUUUCUCGCAAUUUUCUGCCGAUUUUGGACUGCAAAAUCCGCGAGAUUUGGGGGUUUUCCGAGACCUUUUGGACGCGACAUUACAAAAAAGCAGUCAACUUCGAAAAACAAUGUACAAAGUGUCGAGAUUGCACACAAAACUUUUCACACCGAUCGCACGCCGUCAACGCUUGAUCGACGCUUUUGCAGAGUGUCCGGCGGCGAACUGUUCGAUCACGUGUGCGCAAAAGAGUGUCUGGACGAGGUGGAAGCGGCCGCAUUCGUCAAACAGAUUCUGCUGGCCGUCCGUCAUCUACACUCCCUGCACGUCGUUCAUUUGGACAUCAAACCCGAGAAUGUGAUGCUGAAACAGCGCGGCGAGUCGCACAUUAAAAUCAUCGAUUUCGGACUUUCGCGCGAGAUCGAACCGGGAGCGACGGUUAAGGAUAUGGUCGGCACGCCCGAGUUUGUCGGUCAGUUACCUCGAUUGUACAGACGAACGAGCAAAAAGUGGGGACAAUUUCAGCGCCGGAAGUCGUCAACUAUGAGCCAUUGUCACCGGCAACGGACAUGUGGGCAGUCGGAGUCGUCACUUAUAUUUUGUGAGUUUGCCGCCAAUGCAAAAGAGUUUACACCCCCGGGGGUUUGAACCUACGACCAAAAAUUGUUCAAAAAUCCAAAACACUACCACUACGACACGCAUGCAAUCUACCGCCUGCACGUCAAGGGCAGACAUAAUCUGGCGCCCUAAAUUCGGAUUUUAUUGUAAAGUGAAGUGACAAUUUGAAGCCACAUAUCUCGAAAAGUAGUUGCUAUUUCAAAAAGUUGUCAACUGGAAAAUUGUUCGAAAUUUCAUGCUCAACAACUUUGAAACUGCUCAUUCUCGAGUUGUACGGCUUUUUAGUUGAGAUAUAGCGUCUUGAAUGAACGGUACACUAUUCACCAGAGUUGAGCGGAAGAACUCAACGGAAGAACACGGAAGAAUUUUUAUUUUUUUUAGAAAAUUUUUUCAUGAAAUGUGAUCAACUGACGAAAUGUAUAGCAAAGUGAACUCUGCGCAUAGAAAAAUAAUUGUAAAUUUAGCGAUUCAUACAAAAAAGUUAGGGGCUAACGGAAGGCGGAAGGACAUUUUCACGCAACAACUCGAAUAUAACUUUUUUGUAUGAAUCGCUAAAUUUACAAUUAUUUUUCUAUGAGCAGAGUUCACUUUGCUCUACAUUUCGUCAGUUGAUCACAUUCCAUGGAAAAUUUUUCUAAAAAAGAUAAAAAUUCUUCCGUGUUCUUGCGUUGAGCUCUUCCGCUCAACUCUGGUAUUCACGGUCACAUUUGCUACUCAAAAACUCGUCAGCGACGCUCUUUUUUGAUGGUCCAAGUUUGCAGACUGUCCGGCGGUUCGCCGUUCCUCGGCGACAAUCGUGACGAGACCUUCUCGAACAUCACCCGCGUGCGCUAUCAUUUCUCGGACCGCUACUUCAAGAACACGUCGCGACACGCGAAGGACUUCAUUUCGCGUCUUUUCGUCCGGGACGUCGAUCAACGAGCGAGCGUCGACGAGUGUCUGCAGCACCCGUGGAUCCGCGGACCCGAAGGAAACGCGAUCGACAUCCGCAAGGCCUCCUGCAUCACCAUUUCACACAUCCAGUCCUUCAAGACCAGACAGCGAUGGAAGCGCACUGUCGAGCUGGUCAUGGUGCUUCUGAAGGCGUCGCGGAGCUCGAGAAAGAUCGGCGACGGACGAUUCGACGCGGACGACAUCAUCGCGAGUUGCACGUUGAUUUGUGCGGAAGAGGGCAACCUUCGCGCCCUGCACAAACUCUCGGCUCUCCACAAACUGUUGCCGAACACGGCGAGAAAGUGUCGCGGCGCCGCCCACAUCUCACUCGACCCGUCCACCGCCGAACCGUCGGGAACGACGGCGAUGCACUGUGCGGCCAAGUACGGACACGUCGAAGUGUUCAACUACUUGCACAUGAAGGGCGGCAACAUUUGUGCGCGCGACGAUCACGGAGACACUCCGCUGCACGUCGCGUGUCGAUUCGCUCAACACACGGUCGCCGGAUACGUGGCCAACGAGAAGGUCGACGUGGAUUCGAUCAAUAAACGAGGAGAGACCGCUCUGCAUUGUGCCGUCGAAUCGGCCGACACUCGAGUCGUCAGAUUGUUGAUCGGAAUGAGGCCACGUCUGGAUUUACCGAAUGCCGUUCGUUUUUUUUUGUUGUCGUUGUUGUUAUUUUGGUUUCUACAUUUGACUAUGCGCACGGUCUCCUCAGAGCUGACAAUCGAAAUUCAAAUUUUAACAGCAAAAUUUGUGUUUUUUUUUUGCGAGAUUAGCCACGAAAAAUCGAUAAUUUCUAUAGAGCUAUUACGAAUUUUUAAAGCGCAAGACACGGCGACCAAAAACGUAGAAAGGGGCGCGGGGGCCUAGCGUGCACGGUUUAUCACCAUUUUGGCGCGAAAUUCGAAAUUUAACCCUCUAUUUUUCGUGUUUUUCGUCAAAAAUUACCCAAAUUUUGUACGGGUUCCGACGAUGUAAUUGCAUAACUUUGUUAGACUAAUCAUCGCGCACUUUUUGAGCUUAAAACGAGCAGGUUUCAUUAAGAGAAUGAAUCAAUUCAAUCGAUUUUCAAGUUUUGUGCUGAAAAUGCGCGAAUUUCAGUCAUUCGCCGAUACUUUUUGCCGUUUGAACGCUUAAAAUACUUGUAUUAACGUGCUUAAUCACUUCCGACACUCAUUUCGUCUCAAAACUAUUCAGAUCGGCAUGAAAAUUCCGAAAUUGCGGCGGCGAUUGGCCGCGGAGAGCGUAUUGCGAAAUAUGCCAAAAACGUCUCAAACGCGGCGUUUUCACGAAAAUUUCAAUGUUUUCUCUCUUUAAUGUCUCUUCUUUCGUCGAUAUCAAACACAAAAAUAGCGGAAAAGUGCUGAAAUUGCGGCAAUUUUCAGAAAACGCGUCUCAGUUUUGGCCACGCCCCUUUCUAAAGCGUUAAAUUUGGGCAAAUUUAUCCGUUUGAAGGUUUUUGGCUAAAACUGCGUGCAUUUCAGUUGCUUUUCGGCAGUUUUCGCGGUUCGAGCGCUCAAAAUGCUUGUAUUUACGUGAUUUAUCAUUCUCAAAACCAAUUCUGUCGGAAAACGGUCAAGAAAGCGCAAAAUGAGAAGGCGAAAAAGCAAAAUCCGCGAAAAAUGCGCCAAAACGUCAUUAAUUCUAAGAAUUAGUGUGUUUUCAUGUCGCGCAAUCAUUUUUCAUCGCCGUUGAGCACAAAAAUCAGAAAAAACCUGCUCAAUUCAUGAAAACGCCACUUGGCCGCCGAUGCCACGCGCCCAUAUUGUCAGCUCUGGAGACCGUGGCUAUGCUAGGCCAUUAGUCAGAUAUAAGUGUGUUCAGUGCUUCGUUCAAUCACCACAAUCCGAGUGUUCAGACGGGCGAUACAGUCAUCCACCUCGCCGCCGACAGCAUCAAUCCACGCAUUCUUCCGCUUCUCGUCUGCCUCUCGCCGCCGUUACACCUCCGAAACAUUGUGAGUUUGCGAAGCGAAAGUGUACAAUAA